CCCGCAACUUCGGCGCAAUGUCUUGUCAGUCAUGUAAAGCAUUCUUCAGGGGAUUUGGUCUCAAGAAUAAGAUAUUUCGGUGUCCAACAAAUGGUAAAUGCAUUUUACAUACAAAUGAUGUGAAGAGGAAAUUGUGCAAAAGGUGUCGGUUAGAUAAGUGCUUUGCGGUGGGGAUGAGAAAGGUGAAUAUGGCGGAAUUAAUACGAAAUAAUGCCGAGAAAGAGAGGGUUAAACAAUUGGUCGACGAAAGCAAAUCAAAACAAAGUCAGUCCCAAGAAGUGAUGGAUCGGACAGUUGUGUGCACUCAAUAUGUGUCCGAUAUUGUUAUUAAUGAUCACUCAAUGGGCGCUCAAGACAUUAGAUCCGAUGGAUUACGGGAACAAAAAUCGGGACAUGAAAUCAUUACAAAUCCCACGUCUAAUACACUAGUUAUCAGACAAAAUGCGAUCCAAAAAUGCCCACAAAUUCCCUUAUUUCGGGAACUUUGCGAUUACAACGGUUUGACUCAACUGGAGUGCAAUCGUAUCAGUGAACUGAUGGGCGCAUCAAAUAUAUUGAAUUAUCGGUUGAAUAAAAACGGAUUUUCCUAUAAAAUCAAUGAUUUUGAGGAAUAUAUGACCGAUUUUUCCCACUUUAAGGAACUCUUCAUUAGAGAUAUCAUUAGUUUUACGAAACGAUUGACGAGUUUUGGCAAUAUCUGCGCCGACGACCAGUUAAUGCUAAUCAAGUAUAGCUCAAGCGAUUUAAUUUCAAUCCUCAGCCUUAAGUAUUAUAAUCCGGAGACUAAAAGUUUUAUAACCCCUUUAGGUGGUCGGAAAGUAAAUGACCAGGCUAUGCAACUAAAUUCAAACGUGGUUGAUUCAUUUUGCUAUGAGAAUCUGUUACAGGAUUUUUACCAUAGGUUUCUAAUGGAGUGGAAUUACAGUGAUCCACUGACAACUCGAACAACAACUAUAUCUACUAUUGAAAUACGGGUCCGAAUCGGAGUCACAAUUAAAUGGGACUGCAACUGUACUACAAAUACCACUCCCACUGUUAAACAUGCCCGAAAUUUUGGUGCCAUUACUUGUGAUUCGUGUAAAUCAUUUUUCAGAAGGACUGCAUUUAAAAGUCAAUUAAUUUGUGCCUCAAAUGGCAAAUGCGAUAUCAAUGUAAUGACGAGAGGUUUGUGUCGUAAAUGUAGACUUAAAAAGUGUUUGACUGUCGGCAUGAAAUCGGAAUUAAUACAAAGCAAUGGACAAAAUAAAUGCAAGAAAAUAUUGAUAAAAGAAAAAGUAUAUAAUUCAAAACAUAAACCCAGCGAUGAAUCCAAUAAUUGCGAUGAUUUCUCACCAAAUAAUUCACAAAACAAUUCACUGAUUAGCGACACAACUAUAGACGAGAAUUCAUUUCUCAACAGUUUUAACAAUAUCUGUGCCGACGAUAAGUAUGCGCUCAUGAAAUACGGGGGCAAAGAUCUGGUGCUCAUCCGAUUCCUUAAACAUUAUGAUAGAGAAAGUCAUACUCUUAUAACACCGAUUGAUCGAGAUCAUUCUGUGCAAUUUGAUUUGGACUCGAACAACAACUGUAUAUAUAUUUACUGCAAAGAUAUCUACUAUUGAAAUACCGCUCGGAAUCGGAAUUAAAGUUACAACAAAUAAUGAAUUCAUUACAAGAUGUCAAUACUUUAAAUCAUUUACAAACCAAACAUUUCGGUGAUCUUAAUAAAUACGUAAAAUAUUUUGGGCCACUUAUGGCCGAAAUAUGUCGACCAUAAUAAUGACUAACUUAAUGCUAAAUUAUUGCUAUUUAGUAAUCAUCAAAUUUAUUUGUUAUUCAUUU